CUCAUUGAGUUCUUUUCCUUUUUUGGCCUUUUUCUUUUAUCUUUCUCUUUCUUUCAGGUUUCUUAUACACUUCAUCACACUCUCUCUAACCUUACUCUGUCUCUUCUCUUCCAUUGCUGUUCUUUGUUCUUCGUUCUUGUUCUUCUUCUUGUCUCUCUUCGGACAAUGUCUAUUGGCUAGCCUCAAAAGUUCUAUUUUUUUUCUAUUACAAUCCAACCCUUUUCCUCAGACAUCACAAAAUGUUUCUAAAAAAUCUUUUCUUUUUCUUAUUUUUUGUCUUAAUCUUCCUCCCUUCCUCAAAACCAGAUCUCGCCGCCGACCGCUCUGCUCUUCUUCUUCUUCGCUCCUCUGUCGGCGGCCGCACUCUCUUCUGGAACAUAUCCCAGUCCACCCCUUGUUCUUGGGCUGGCGUUGGCUGCCAGGGUAAUCGUGUUACUGUCCUCCGCCUCCCUGGAGUGGCCCUUUCUGGUCAACUUCCUACUGGCAUUUUCUCUAACCUUACUCAGCUUCGUACUCUCAGUCUCCGUCUCAAUGCUCUCUCUGGUCAGUUGCCUUCAGAUCUCGUUGCUUGUACCAAUCUCAGGAACCUCUACUUGCAAGGAAAUAUGUUCUCCGGUGAGAUCCCUGAGUUUCUCUUUACUUUGCAUGAUCUUGUGCGGCUUAAUCUGGGUGAGAACAACUUCACCGGUGGGAUCUCCAUGGGUUUUGGAAAUUUUACCAGGUUGAGAACUUUGUACCUGGAGAACAACCGGUUAUCUGGGUCAAUUCCGGAUUUGAAGAUGGAAAAGUUGGAGCAAUUCAAUGUGUCAAAUAAUCUGUUGAAUGGCUCUAUACCUGAAAGGUUUCGGGCUUUUGACUCCACUUCUUAUCUGGGUAAUUCUCUAUGUGGUAAACCUCUUGAUUCUUGUGCUACUGAUGCAAAUGGUACUGUGGUGGUGCCCAGUUCACCAACUGAAGACGCAGGCAAUGCCGGUAAAAAGAAGAAGCUCUCCGGUGGUGCUAUUGCGGGUAUUGUGAUUGGAUCUGUAGUUGCGUUAUUCUUGCUUCUUUUGAUUUUGAUGCUCUUGUGCCGAAAGAAGGGUAGCCAGAAAUCAAGAUCCAUUGACAUAGCGUCGAUUAAGCAGCAAGAUUUGGCACUUCCAGGAGAUAAACCUAUUGGGGAGGUGGAGACUGGUAGUGGACACGGUAAUGGUAAUGGAUACUCAGUUGCUGCUGCUGCAGCGGCAGCAAUGGUGGGGAAUGGAAAAGGCGGAGGAGGGGAAGUGAACGGAGCUGGAGCUAAAAAGUUGGUGUUUUUCGGCAAAGCUUCAAAGGUGUUUGAUUUGGAAGACUUGUUGAGAGCUUCGGCGGAGGUUUUGGGAAAAGGAACAUUUGGAACUGCGUAUAAGGCAGUGUUGGAGAUGGGAACAGUGGUGGCUGUGAAAAGGUUAAAGGAUGUGACCAUUUCAGACAGAGAAUUCAAGGAGAAGAUUGAAAUGGUGGGAGCCAUGGAUCAUGAGAGUUUGGUCCCCUUAAGAGCUUACUAUUACAGCAGGGAUGAGAAGCUUCUUGUUUAUGAUUACAUGCCUAUGGGAAGCUUAUCUGCUCUUUUGCAUGGGAACAAAGGAGCUGGUAGGACUCCUUUGAGCUGGGAAAUUAGAUGUGGUAUUGCCCUUGGAGCAGCCCGUGGCAUCCAAUACCUACACUCUCAAGGUCCUAAUGUCUCCCAUGGAAACAUCAAAUCAUCCAAUAUACUUCUCACUCAAUCCUAUGAAGCUCGAGUAUCUGAUUUUGGUCUUGCUCACCUUGUUGGUUCUUCCUCUACACCAAACCGAGUUGCUGGCUAUCGAGCACCGGAGGUGACUGAUCCUCGCAGAGUUUCCCAGAAAGCUGAUGUUUAUAGCUUUGGUGUGUUGCUAUUAGAGCUGCUGACUGGAAAGCCCCCGACCCAUGCCCUUUUGAAUGAGGAAGGUGUAGACCUUCCUAGAUGGGUUCAGUCCAUAGUUCGAGAGGAAUGGACUUCAGAAGUGUUCGAUCUUGAGCUCCUCCGCUACCAAAAUGUCCAAGAGGAGAUGGUUCAGCUCUUGCAGCUUGGAAUAGAUUGUGCAGCCCAAUACCCUGAUAAUCGUCCAUCAAUGUCUGAAGUAACUAGACAGAUUGAGGAGUUAAGCCUAUGCAGCCUACGGGAAGAUCAAGAUCAACAGCCAGAUAUAGUUGAUGCGGAUGAUAACUCUUCGCGAUGAGUAGGCUGCAUCAGCAUCACUCCAAGGAUUGUAAAAGGAUCUUCAUUGCUUUGUUUAUGCCCGUAAUUAUCAUGUUUAAUCCUGCUCUUGAUUCUAGUUCGAUAUGGGGCUUAUCUUCUUUAAUUAGAAGCCAACUAUCAUAUUUUUUUUUCUCCUUUUCCAUUGUACUAGCUUUCCUUUUCUUUCCUUUUCUUUCUUUUUCAUUAAUACUUUGAGGAAGAUAUCUGCUGUAUUUGUUCUUGUUGGGUGGUUGUAAUUAUUACUUUGUUUUUUUUUUC